CCAGCCUUCCACAACCGCGUCUUCUAUGCAGGCCGGAUCGUCUCGGUCUGAGGCCUCAGACCCGCGCGACAAGGUUGCGGAGCUGGUCACCAAAGACGUUUGGGACCGCCUCAUCUUUGACGAGGCCAGCGGCGAGUUGGACAGCUCAGAGCGAGCGGCGGACGCCACCGCGGCGGGUCUGGCGGUCGAUGCCGAGGAGAAGCGGAGCCCGCAGUCGCCGCCGCAGCCGCUGUCGCCGCUGUCGCCGCCGCGCGGUGUGGACGCACUGCAGAGCGGCGGGCUCGAGUCAGCCCUCGGCGCCGACCCGCGCAAGCGCAACCGCGCAGCGGCGUCGAUGAGCUCUGUCGCGAGCGACGACAUGCGGAUCCUGACGAUUGCGACGGACGAGAUCACCUCAAUCUUCACCUCGAUGGAGCUGUCGCAGCUGUUCCAGCCGGGGGCGCUCAGCUCCGCCCCGGGCUCCGCGAGCAACUCGCGCACUGAGCCGGGGGAAUAG